AUGGGCGCGCUAAGGAAAUCCUCGGUUGAAGCUGAAGCUGUCCCUCAAAUAUCGGCUUCUGCUUCGCCCGCAGUCACAGACCCAGACUCAAUUGUCCAAACCCAACCUGAGCAACAACCCCAACCUCCAUCAAACGAGACAAGCGGCGAGAAAGUCAACAAUGGCCCUGUCCACAUUACACCGCUCGAAACCCAGGAGCCGACAGAGGCAGAAGCAGACGAGGAAGCCGGAACCCCUGGAGGUCGCUCCAAGCGCCGCAGAGCCGCAAUCCUAACAGCCCUCUACCUGGUAAUGUUCAUAACAGCCCUCGACCAAACCAUAACCGCCACCUCGAUCCCCUCAAUCUCAUCGUCCCUCCACUCCGCAGCAGGCUACACCUGGAUCGGGUCCGCCUACCUCCUCGCCAAAGCCGCCAGCGGCCCAAUCUGGGUGCGAACCAGCGACAUCUUCGGCCGGCGCCCGGUCCUCCUCUGCUCUGUCACACUCUUCAGCAUUGCCAGUAUCCUUGCUGCUACAAGCGACACCAUGCGCACGCUGAUUGCGUCGCGGGCGCUGCAGGGCGCGGCUGCCGGGGGCGUGGGACAGCUUGUUAUCGUGACCAUCUCCGACGUGUUUAGUCUAAGGGAUCGCGCGCUGUGGUUUGGGCUGCUGGGUGGGGUGUGGGCUGUUGCUGGGUCUGCGGGGCCGGUGCUUGGGGGGCUGCUCACGGAGAAAUUGAGUUGGCGGUGGUGCUUCUGGAUAAACUUGCCUGUUUGUGGGGUGGCGGUUGUGCUGUUGGUGUUUUUUCUGGAUGUCCAUAAUCCGCGCACGCCGGCGAGGCGGGGUCUCCUUGCGAUUGAUUGGGCGGGGACGCUGUGUGUUGUUGCUGUGACGGUGUUGCUCCUGCUGGGGAUGGAGUUUGGGGGGACGGUGUUCCCGUGGGAGAGUCCGACUGUGAUAUGUCUUGUUGUGUUUGGGGUCGUCAUGGUGGGCGUGUUUAUCCUCGCGGAGAAGAGACUCGCGCGGUAUCCGCUUAUUCCGCUUGACCUGUUCAGGAAUUGGGCUGUGAACGGACCGUUCAUCCUUGCUUUCGCGCACGGCAUGGUCUCGCUCGGCGUGGAGUACUACCUCCCGCUGUACUUCCAGUCCGUGAAAUCCGUGAGUCCGCUGAAGAGCGGUCUUUUCAUCCUGCCCAUGAUGGUAACAGAAGCUGGGACCGACAUGCUCUCCGGCGUCCUGCUCCACAGGCUAGGAAGAUACAGGGAGAUCACAUGGGUCGGCGUGACGCUUAUGACGCUGGGAACGGGGCUGUAUAUCACGCUUACACCCGAGUCCCCGAUAGCGAAGAUAAUCGGGUUCGAGAUACUAGGUGGCGUCGGAACAGCCCUUCUCUUCCAAACGCCCGUCAUCGCAGUCCAGAAUGCCGUCCGCCAGGCUGAUACAGCCUCCGCUUCAGCCACCCUGGGUUUUCUGCAGAACAUCGCGACGAGCUUUUCCAUUGUUCUUGGGGGCGUGGUCUUUCGCGAUGGGAUGGAGAGCCAGCAGUCCGCACUCCUUGCCGCUGGUAUCGAUGAGACGAUUGUGCGGAGGCUCUCUGGUUCGAAUGCCGCUGCCAAUGUGGACGUUGUUAAAAGGCUGAGCAGUGAGGCGCAGAGACAUGUCGUCGUGUCUGUCUUCUCGCAGAGUCUGCGGAACAUGUUUAUCUUUUAUACGGCGAUUGCGGGUGUUGCGCUGCUUGCGGGGUUCUCCAUUCGGCAUCGGGAGAUGAGAGAGGGGCAUGUUGAGACGAGGACGGGCGUGGAGGAGUUGGAGAAGGCGAGGGUGGGUGGCGAGAAGGCCGGGCCCGGUGAGGUGUAG